AUAACAAUAAUAAUAAUAAUACUCAACCUUUUAAUGCAAUUGAAGAUAAUAAUAAUAAUCAGCAAGAUUCUGGUAAAAAAAUAAUUGAAGUUGACUAUAACAAUGAUAUUCAACAACAUUUAGAUAAAAAUUAA